AUGGCGCUCUCCCUAAUGUCUGCAGAAGUGCCCAAGUGCUCUAUUGAAGAGUACAUGAUGUUUUUUAGGCAUUGUAUUAAGAGGUCUGCUGCUCAGUGGCAGGUGGCAGAGAGGUCUAUCACCCCAACUUCUGUGCCAGGCAGCUUGGCUGUCCCCCAGGUUAUUCCAUUGAAGUCCUAUAGAAUCUGCAAUCGAGGCACCUUAUGGAGAGAUGUAGAUGAUCUGGAACUGCACAAGGAUUGCAUGUGUGUAGUAAAUAAGAUAAACAAUAGUGCAGAUGCUCUCUAUCCAUCCUGGGAGCCCAAUUCCUGCAUUUCUGUCGAGUAUGAUGCUUGGUGGAAGGCUAGGUUCACUGGUCUGCUAGAUUCCAGUUCUGCCACGAAGACUAUCAAAGACAUCAACGCCCAAGUAAUUGAAGGUAAACUUUCAAUUCUGCCCAUUUACUUCUGUCAUUGCUACUGGAGACUUGGAGCUCCCUUUUGGGGACGAAGAAGAUCAGCACGAAACUCUGGCAGAACAGCUGACUGUCGAGGCAACUCCUUUGCCAGAAGGAACAAGAGAGAGGAGACUACCCAGGCUCAGGACAGUGCUGUCCAGCCUGAAAUUUUAGCCGAAAGUCCCCCUACUCCUCUUACUAGGUCAAAAAGACUUAGGAAAAAAGCCGUGGCAGAAUAUGAGGAGAUAGAAGAACCUACAGCAAUUCUUACUGAAACCUCUGGAACUGUAUUGCAGGAGAAGGAAGUAGAUGUCUCAACAGGAGAUGAGAAAAAAGGCAAAGAAGUUGAAGAAGAGGAGGAGAUUCCUGUUGAAGUAAUAGCAGAGAGUCUUUUGCUGGCGAACAAUAGGAAGCUCAAAGGUUAG